UUGUUUCCUUCUUUCUUUCUUUCUUUUGCUUCUUUUUCUUUCUUCUUCUUUCUUCUUUUCUUUUCUUUCUCUGUCUCUCCUUUUGCUUCUUUCUUUCUCUGUCUCUCCUUUUGCUUCUUUUUUUUUCUUUAUUCUCCCUUUUGCUUCUUUCUUUCUCAGUCUCUCCUUUUGCUUCUUUUCUUUUCUUUCUCUGUCUCUCCUUUUGUUCUUUCUUUUCUUUUCUGUCUCUCCUUUUUGCUUCUUUUCUUUCUUUCUCUGUCUCUCCUUUUGCUUCUUUCUUUCUUUCUCUGUCUCUCCUUUUGCUUCUUUCUUUCUUUCUCUGUCUCUCCUUUUGCUUCUUUCUUUCUCUGUCUCUCCUUUUGCUUCUUUCUUUCUUUCUCUGUCUCUCCUUUUGCUUCUUUCUUUCUUUCUCUGUCUCUCCUUUUGCUUCUUUCUUUCUUUCUCUGUCUCUCCUUUUUCUUUCUUUUCUUUCUCUCUGUCUCUCCUUUUGCUUCUUUCUUUCUCUGUCUCUCCUUUUUGCUUCUUUUUUUUUCUUUGUGUCUCUCCUUUUUGCUUUUUCUUUCUUUCUCUGUCUCUCCUUUUGCUUCUUUCUUUCUCUGUCUCUUCUUUUGCUUCUUUCUUUCUCUGUCUCUUCUUUUGCUUCUUUCUUUCUCUGUCUCUCCUUUUGCUUCUUUCUUUCUCUGUCUCUCCUUUUGCUUCUUUCUUUCUCUGUCUCUCCUUUUUGCUUUUUUUUUCUCUGUCUCUCCUUUUGCUUCUUUUUCUUUCUCUGUCUCUCCUUUUUUUCUUUUUUUUUUUCUCUCUUUCUCUCCUUUUGCUUUCUUUCUUUUCUGUCUCUCCUUUUGCUUCUUUCUUUUCUUUCUCUUCUAUCUCCUUUUGCUUCUUUCUUUCUUUCUUUUUCUGUCUCUCCUUAUGCUUCUUUUUUUUUUUCUUUCUCUGUCUCUCCUUUCUUUCUUUUUCUUUCUCAGUCUCUCCUUUUUUUUUCUUUCUUUCUUUCUCUGUCUCUCCUUUUGCUUCUUUCUUUUUUUCUCUGUCUCUCUCUUUUGCUUCUUUCUUUUCUUGUCUCUCUUUUGCUUCUUUUCUUUCUUUUCUUUCUUUCUCUGUCUCUCCUUUUGCUUCUUUCUUUCUUUCUCUAUAUCUCCUUUUGCUUCUUUCUUUCUUUCUUUCUUUCUCUAUAUCUCCUUUUGCUUCUUUCUUUCUUUCUUUCUUUCUCUGUCUCUCCUUUUGCUUCUUUCUUUCUUUCUCUGUCUCUCCUUUUGCUUCUUUCUUUCUUUCUUUCUCUGUCUCGCCAUUUUGCUUCUUUCUUUCUUUCUUUCUUUUUGCUUCUUUCUUUCUUUCUUUCUUUCUUUCUUUCUCUGUCUCUCCUUUUGCUUCUUUUUUUCUUUCUUUUCUCUCUGUCUUUUUUUUUUCUUUCUUUUCUUUCUUUCUGUCUUUUUUUUUUUUUCUUUCUUUUCUUUCUUUCUUCUCUCUCCUUUUGCUUCUUUCUUUCUUUCUCUGUCUCUCCUUUUGCUUCUUUCUUUCUUUCUUUCUUUCUUUCUCUGUCUCUCCUUUUGCUUCUUUCUUUCUUUCUCUGUCUCUCCUUUUGCUUCUUUCUUUCUUUCCUUCUCUGUCUCUCCUUUUGCUUCUUUCUUUCUUUCUUUCUCUGUCUCUCCUUUUGCUUCUUUCUUUCUCUGUCUCUCCUUUUGCUUCUUUCUUUCUUUCUCUAUAUCUCCUUUUGCUUCUUUCUUUCUUUCUUUCUCUGUCUCUCCUUUUGCUUCUUUCUUUCUUUCUUUCUCUGUCUCUCCUUUUGCUUCUUUCUUUCUUUCCUUCUCUUCUCUCUUUUUUUUCUUUCUUUCUUUCUUUCUUUCUUUCUCUGUCUCUCCUUUUGCUUCUUUUCUUUCUUUCUCUGUCUCUCUUUUUUUAUCUCUUUUUCUUUCUUUUUCUUUUCUUUUCUUUCUUUCUCUAUAUCUCCUUUUUUUCUUUUUCUUUCUCUAUAUCUCCUUUUGCUUCUUUCUUUCUUUCUUUCUUUCUCUAUAUCUCCUUUUGCUUCUUUUCUUUCUUUCUUUUUCUUUCUCUGUCUCUCCUUUUUUUUUCUUUUUUCUUUCUUUCUCUGUCUCUCCUUUUGCUUCUUUCUUUCUUUCUCUAUAUCUCCUUUUGCCUCUCUUUCUUUCUUUCUUUCUUUCUCUGUCUCUCCUUUUGCUUCUUUCUUUCUUUUUAUCUGUCUCUCCUUUUUUUUCUUUUCUUUCUUUUAUCUGUCUCUCCUUUUUCUUCUUUCUUUCUUUCUUUCUUCUGUCUCUCCUUUUGCUUUUUUUCUUUCUUUUUCUUUCUCUGUCUCUCCUUUUGCUUCUUUUUUUCUUUUUUCUUCUCUCCUUUUUUUCUUUUUUUUUUUCUUUUUCUUUUUUUUUUCUUGUUUCUUUCUUUUGCUUCUCUUUCUUUUUUUUUCUUUCCUUUUGCUUUUUUUUUUUUCUUUCUUGUCUCUCUUUUUUCUUUCUUUCUUUUUAUUCUUUCUUUCUUUGUUUCCCUUAUUUUUUUUCUUUGUCUCCCUUAUGCUUUUUUUUUCUUUCUCUCCUUUUUUCUUCUUUCUUUCUUUGUCUCCCCUUAUGCUUCUUUCUUUCUUUGUCUCCCCUUAUGCUUCUUUUCUUUCUUUUUCUCUCCUUUUGCUUCUUUCUUUCUUUUCUCUUUUUUGCUUCUUUUUUUUUCUUCCUUUUUUCUUUUUUCUUUCUUUAUCUCCCUUUGCUUCUUUCUUUCUUUUAUUUUUUUUCUUUUUUUAGUCUCCUUUAUUUCUUUCUUUCUUUCUUUAUCUCCCCUUAUGCUUCUUUCUUUCUUUCUUUAUCUCCCCUUAUGCUUCUUUCUUUCUUUCUUUAUCUCCCCUUAUGCUUCUUUCUUUCUUUCUUUAUCUCCCCUUAUGCUUCUUUCUUUCUUUCUUUAUCUCCCCUUAUGCUUCUUUCUUUCUUUAUCUCCCCUUAUGCUUCUUUAUUUCUUUGUCUCUCCUUUUGCUUCUUUUUUUCUUUCCUUUGCUUCUUUCUUUGCUUUGUUUCUUUCUUUCUUUUGCUCCCUUAUGCUUCUUUCUUUCUUUUUUAUCUCCCCUUAUGUCUUUUCUUUCUUUAUCUUUCUUUCUUUCUUUUUUUUUUCUUUGUCUCUCCUUUGCUUUUUCUUUUUUUUCUCUCCUUUUGCUUCUUUCUUUUUUUCUCUCCUUAUUUCUUUCUUUCUUUUCUCCCCCCUUCUUUCUUUCUUUCUUUCUUUCUUUCUUUCUUUCUUUAUCUCCCCUUUUGCUUUUUUUCUUUCUUUGUCUCUUUUUUUUUUUCUUUUUUUGCUUCCUUUUUUUCUUUCUUUUUUAGUCUCUCCUUUUGCUUCUUUCUUUCUUUAUCUCCCCUUAUGCUUCUUUCUUUCUUUAUCUCCCCUUAUGCUUCUUUCUUUCUUUGUCUCCCUUUAUGCUUCUUUCUUUGUCUCCCUUUAUGCUUCUUUCUUUCUUUGUCUCCCUUUAUGCUUCUUUCUUUCUUUGUCUCCCUUUCUUUUUCUUUCUCUUUGUCUCUCUUUUUUUCUUUCUUUUAUUUUUCUUUCUUUCUUUCUUUCUCUUUGCUUCUUUGCUUCUUUCUUUCUUUCUCUAUAUCUCCUUUUUUCUUCUUUCUUUCUUUAUAUCUCCUUUUUUCUUUCUUUCUUUCUUUCUUUCUAUUUCUUUUGCUUUUUUUCUUUCUUUCUUUCUUUCUCUCUUUUGCUUCUUUCUUUCUUUCUCUGUCUCUCCUUUUUGCUUCUUUCUUUCUUUCUUUUCUUUACUUUUGCUUUUUUUCUUUCUUUCUUUCUCUGUCUCUGCUUUUGCUUUUCUUCUUUCUUUAUCUGUCUCUCCUUUUGCUUCUUUCUUUCUUUUAUCUGUCUCUCCUUUUUGCUUCUUUCUUUUCUUUCUUUCUUUCUCUGUCUCUCCUUUUGCUUCUUUCUUUCUUUCUUUCUCUGUCUCUUUUUUUGCUUCUUUCUUUCUUUCUCUGUCUCUCCUUUUGCUUCUUUCUUUCUUUCUUUCUUUCUCUCUCCUUUUGCUUCUUUCUUUCUCUGUCUCUCCUUUGCAUUUCUUUCUCUUCUUUCCUUUUUCUUUUUUUUUUUUUUUCUCUCCUUUUUUUCUUUCUUUUUUUCUUUCCUUAUGCUUCUUUCUUUCUUUUGUCUCCCUUUCUUUCUUUCUUUUUUGUCUUUCCUUUUUCUUUUUUUUAUCUCCUUUUGCUUUUUUUAUUUUUCUCUCUCCUUUUGCUUUUUCUUUCUUUGUCUCUCCUUUUGCUUCUUUUUUUUCUUUCUCUUUUUGCUUUUUCUUUCUUUUGUUUCCUUUCUUCUUUCUUUCUUUGUCUCCCUUUCUUUCUUUCUUUCUUUGUCUCCCCUUAUGUUUUUCUUUCUUUUGUCUCCCUUAUGCUUCUUUUCUUUCUUUGUCUCCUUUUUUCUUUCUUUCUUUGUCUCCCUCUUUCUUUUCUUUCUUUGUCUCCCCUUAUGCUUCUUUCUUUCUUUGUCUCCCCUUAUGCUUCUUUCUUUCUUUGUCUCCCCUUAUGCUUCUUUCUUUCUUUGUCUCCCCUUAUGCUUCUUUCUUUCUUUCUUUAUCUCCCUUCUUUUUUUCUUUCUUUUUUCUCCCCUUAUGCUUCUUUUCUUUCUUUGUCUCCCCCAUGCUUCUUUUUCUUUCUUUCUUUGUCUCCCCUUAUGCUUCUUUCUUUCUUUCUUUCCUUUCCUUUUUUUUUCUUUCUUUCUUUUGCUUUUUUUUUUUUUUUUUCUUUCUUUUUUUUUUUUUUUAUCUCUCCUUUUGCUUCUUUCUUUCUUUCUUUCUUUCUUUCUUUUUUUUUUUUUUCUCCCUUUUUUCUUUCUUUCUUUGCUCCCUUUAUGCUUCUUUUUUCUUUCUUUCGUCUCCCCUUUGCUUCUUUCUUUCUUUUUUCUAUCUCCCCUUUUGCUUCUUUCUUUCUUUCUUUCUUUCUUUUAUUCUUUCUUUCUUUCUUUGUUCUCCCCUUAUGCUUCUUUCUUUCUUUCUCUCCUUUAUGCUUCUUUUUUUUUUUUUUUCCUUUUGUUUUUUUUCUUUCUUUGUUUCUUUUUUUCUUUCUUUCUCUCCUUAUGCUUCUUUCUUUCUUUUUUCUACUCCUUAUGCUUCUUUUUUUCUUUCUUUCCUUUUUCUUUCUUUUUUUUCUUUCUUUUCUUUUUCUUUCUUUAUCUCCCUUUUGCUUCUUUCUUUCUUUUAGUUUCCUUUUGCUUCUUUUUUCUUUCUUUUUUCUUUUCUUUCUUUCUUUCUUUCUUUCUUUCUUUCUUUCUUUCUUUCAUCUCCCCUUAUGCUUCUUUCUUUCUUUUCUUUCGUACUUUUGCUUCUUUCUUUCUUUCUUUUUUCUUUCUUUCUUUCUUUCUUUUCUUUCUUUCUUUUCCCCUCCUUUUUCUUUCUUUAAUUUCUCCUUUGCUUCUUUCUUUCUUUGUCUCCAAGUAUGCUUCUUUCUUUCUUUCUUUCUCUUUAUUUCUUUCUUUCUUCUUUCUUUCUUUCUUUCUUACUCCAAGUAUGCUUCUUUCUUUCUUUCUUUUCUUUCUUUCUUUCUUUCUUUCUUUUUCUUUUUUCUUUCUCCAAGUUUUUCUUCUUUCUUUCUUUCCAUCUCCAAGUAUGCUUCUUUCUUUCUUUCUUUUAGUGCUCCAAGCAUGCUUCUUUCUUUCUUUCUUUCUUUCUUUCUUUCUUUCUUUCUUUCUUUCUUUCUUUCUUUCGUACUCCAAGUAUGCUUCUUUCUUUCUUUCUUUCUUACUCCAAGUAUGCUUCUUUCUUUCUUUCUUUCGUACUCCAAGCAUGCUUCUUUCUUUCUUUCUUUCUUUCUUUCUUUCUUUCUUUCUUUCUUUCUUUCUUUCUUUCAUACUCCAAGUAUGCUUCUUUCUUUCUUUCUUUCGUACUCCAAGCAUGCUUCUUUCUUUCUUUCUUUCUUUCUUUCUUUCUUUCUUUCUUUCUUUCUUUCUUACUCCAAGUAUGCUUCUUUCUUUCUUUCUUUCGUACUCCAAGUAUGCUUCUUUCUUUCUUUCUUUCUUUCUUUCUUUUUUCUUUUCUUUCUUUCUUUCUUUCUUUCUUACUCCAAGUAUGCUUCUUUCUUUCUUUCUUUCUUUCUUUCUUUUCUUUCUUUCUUUCUUUCUUUCUUUCUUUCUUUCUUUCUUUUCUUUUCUUUCUUUCUUUCUUUCUUUCUUUCUUUCUUUCUUUCUUUCUUUCUUUCCUACUCCAAGUAUACUUCUUUCUUUCUUUCUUUCUUUCUUUCUUUCUUUCUUUUCUUUCUUUUUGCUUUCUUUCUUUCUCCAAGUUUUCUUUCUUUCUUUCUUUCUUACUCAAAUUGUAUGCUUCUUUCUUUCUUUCUUUCGUACUCCAAGUAUGCUUCUUUCUUUCUUUCUUUCUUUCUUUCUUUCUUUCUUUCUUUCUUUCUUUUCUUUCUUUCUUUCUUUCGUGCUCCAAGUAUGCUUCUUUUCUUUCUUUCUUUUAGCUUUCUUUCUUUCUUUCUUUCUUUCUUUCUUUCUUUUUUCUUUCAUACUCCAAGUAUACUUCUUUCUUUUUUCUUUUCUUUCUUUCUCCAAACUUUCUUCUUUCUUUCUUUCUUUCUUUCUUUCUUUCUUUCUUUCUUUCUUUCUUUCUUUCUUACUCCAAGUAUGCUUCUUUCUUUCUUUCUUUCGUACUCCAAGUAUGCUUCUUUCUUUCUUUCUUUCUUUCUUUCUUUCUUUCUUUUCUUUCUUUUUUUCAUACUCCAAGUAUACUUCUUUCUUUCUUUCUUUCUUUCUUUCUUUCUUUCUUUCUUUCUUUCCAAGCUUUCUUUCUUUCUUUCUUUCUUUCUUUCUUUCUUUCUUUCUUUCUUUCUUUCUUACUCCAAGUAUGCUUCUUUCUUUCUUUCUUUCGUACUCCAAGCAUGCUUCUUUCUUUCUUUCUUUCUUUCUUUCUUUCUUUCUUUCUUUCUUUCUUUCAUACUCCAAGUAUGCUUCUUUCUUUCUUUCUUUCGUACUCCAAGUAUGCUUCUUUCUUUCUUUCUUUCUUUCUUUCUUUCUUUCUUUCUUUCUUUCUUUCUUUCUUUCAUACUCCAAGUAUGCUUCUUUCUUUCUUUCUUUCUUUCUUUCUUUCUUUCUUUCUUUCUUACUCCAAGUAUGCUUCUUUCUUUCUUUCUUUCUUUCUUUCUUUCUUUCUUUCUUUCUUUCUUACUCCAAGUAUGCUUCUUUCUUUCUUUCUUUCUUUCUUUCUUUCUUUCUUUCUUUCUUUUUUCUUUUCUUACUCCAAGUAUGCUUCUUUCUUUCUUUCUUUCUUUCUUUCAUGCUUCUUUCUUUCUUUUCUUUUCUUUCUUUCUUUCUUUUUUCUUUCUUUCGUACUCCAAGUAUGCUUCUUUCUUUCUUUCUUUCGUACUCCAAGCAUUUCUUUCUUUCUUUCUUUCGUUCUUUUCUUUUCUUUCUUUCUUUCAUACUCCAAGUAUGUUUCUUUCUUUCUUUCUUUCGUACUCCAAGCAUGCUUCUUUCUUUCUUUCUUUCUUUCUUUCUUUCUUUCUUUCUUUCUUUCUUUCUUUCUUUCUUUCAUACUCCAAGUAUGCUUCUUUCUUUCUUUCUUUCGUACUCCAAGCAUGCUUCUUUCUUUCUUUCUUUCUUUCUUUCUUUCUUUCUUUCUUUCUUUCUUUCUUUCUUUCUUUCUUUCUUUCUUUCUUUCUUACUCCAAGUAUGCUUCUUUCUUUCUUUCUUUCUUUCUUUCUUUCUUUCUUUCUUUCUUUCUUUCUUUCUUUCUUUCUUUCGUACUCCAAGUAUCUUUCUUUCUUUCUUUCAUACUCCAAGCAUACUUCUUUCUUUUCUUUUCUUUCUUUUCUUUCUUUCUUUUCUUUCUUUCUUUCUUUCUUUCUUACUCCAAGUAUACUUCUUUCUUUCUUUUUUCUUUCGUACUCCAAGCAUGCUUCUUUCUUUCUUUUUUCUUUCUUUCUUUCUUUCUUUUUCCAUCUUUCUUUUCUUUCUUUUCUUUCUUUCCUUCUCCAAGUAUGCUUCUUUCUUUCUUUCUUUCGUACUCCCAAGCAUGCUUCUUUCUUUUCUUUCUUUUCUUUUCUUUCUUUCUUUCUUUCUUUCUUUCGUUCGUUCCAUACUCUUAUCCAUGUCCGUUCCUCUUUCUUUCUUUCUUUCUUUCUUUCUUUCUUUCUUUCUUUCUUUCUUUCUUUCUUCAUAGUCUUCUCCUUUUACUGUUUUUGUUUGCUUCCAAAUGUUCUUUUUCAUCUUUACUUGUCCCUCUUUCUUAUGUUCUUCCUUUCUUUCUUUGUUUCAUUCGUUCGGUCCUUUUUUGUACUACUACUAUUAGCUUUCUUUCUUUCUUUCCUUCUUUCUUUCUUUCUUUCUUUCUUUCUUUCUUUCUACUUUUAA